CGGAUAAGGAAGAGUAUUCAGUGUCUCGUGUAGAAUCAUCAAUGGAAGUAGGAAUGUCUCUGAACGCGCUGGUUCGUCUUCCUCUCUCGAAUUCACGCUUCCACGACGAUGCUGCUCCGAUGAUUAUUAGGCACUCUCUGUUUUCGAGCCGAAAGCAACAGCAGCAGAGUUAUAAGGUUCCACAGCGUCAUCAAGUGUUCGUGGUUGAAGCCAAGGGCAAAAAGGGAAUGAUGUCUCGUCAAUUUCAGCGCAAUGCUCCUCCUCCUUUACCCAAGAUUGAAGACGAUGGCAAUCCCAAAUUCGUCAUCUUCAUUCGCAUGGCCAAUGUAUACCUUUGGUACCCUCUUAGUAUCGUAUCAGGCGGCACCACUGCUAAAAUAAUGGUUGCAGCUAAAGAUAAUUUUCUCGGCAAGUAUAUCUACAAAGACACUCUUGAUAGAAAUCUCGCUGCUGUUAUCUACAGAGAUGAGAAGGAGGUACAGAAAUCUGCAUUCAAACAGUACCGUGUAUUGCGAACAGCUACUGAUUUCAGAUACGGCUACAAACUUGUUGAGAAUGGCAAUAUAAGAGCUGCACUUUCUACCACUGAUGUUAUUGAGCUUCCAACACAAGAUAAACUAAAAACCGUGCUUGACAAAGUGAAAGACUUUUUUGGAGAUGCAAAGGAAUCUUUUGGAAAGAUAACAUCAUUGGGCACUACUGAAACAGAGGAGUCAGAGGAAGACACAAAAGAAAAAGCCAAGGUUAAAGGAUGAAACUAUAGCUGGAAAUGAUUUGCUUGAAUUGUUAUGAGUAGCCUGUGGCCCUAUGAGAUCAGAAAGCUCAAUUAUGUUUAUGGAUUGGUUAAUGGGGAAACUUCUGUGCACAACAAUGCUACUCCAGGUUUUGUUCUUAGAUCUGUAACCAUCAAAAUUGUUUUAUAUUCUGCAGAGUGAACACCAUCUUUACGAUACUGAUUGAUCACUCGUGUAUGUUGUAAUCCAUGAUGCUUUGGAAUGGAUAGCAUGUAGGAUGACAUGUAAUGGCACCGUUAUCAGUUCAAGAGAUUCCUGGAAUUGUUGUGUAAAUUACGGGUUGUAAUAUCUAUGCAUUUUAUUUGACAGGAAUUUACUUAGAGAUUGCAUUUCAACUAGACCAAUUUACUCUAGAAUUGUGAUCUUCUAAACUCGAUGCAAUCUGGAAAAUUUGUAGAAUUCACAACGUAUGUUCGUCUUA